UUGGGCUCAGUUCCCGUCCUGGUCCCGCACGUGGAUACAACUUCACCAGAGAGAAACUUUGACAAGUGGCGGAGAAAGUUCUGCUGGGCCGCUUUCUUCGUCUCCAGAACCUUCCAGCUAAAGCUCCACAACCAUGGGGGACUGGAGCGCUCUGGGCCGUCUGUUGGACAAGGUCCAGGCCUAUUCGACUGCCGGGGGGAAGGUCUGGCUGUCAGUCCUCUUCAUCUUCAGGAUUCUGGUCCUGGGUACCGCUGUUGAGUCGGCGUGGGGAGACGAGCAGUCUGCCUUCAAAUGCAACACCCAGCAGCCUGGUUGCGAGAACGUCUGCUAUGAUAAAUCCUUCCCAAUCUCCCACGUUCGCUUCUGGGUCCUCCAGAUCAUCUUCGUCUCCACGCCCACCCUCCUGUACCUGGCUCACGUCUUCUACCUGAACAGGAAGGAGCAGAAGCUCAACAGGAAGGAGGAGGAGCUGAAAGCGGUGCAGAAUGAUGGAGGUGACGUUGACCUCCCGCUGAAGAAGAUCGAGCUGAAGAAGCUGAAGUAUGGCAUCGAGGAGCACGGCAAAGUGAAGAUGAAGGGGGCCCUCCUCAGAACCUACAUCGUCAGCAUCUUCUUCAAGUCUCUGUUUGAGGUGGGCUUCCUGAUGAUCCAGUGGUACAUCUACGGCUUCAGUCUGUCCGCCGUCUACACCUGUGAGAGGGAUCCGUGUCCCCACAGGGUGGACUGUUUCCUGUCCCGUCCCACAGAGAAGACAGUCUUCAUCAUCUUCAUGCUGGUGGUGUCGCUGGUUUCCCUGCUGCUCAACGUCAUCGAGCUCUUCUAUGUGUUUUUUAAGCGGAUCAAAGAUCGUGUGAAGGGGAAGCAGCAGCCCACCCUGUACCCCAGCGGGGGCACUCUCAGCCCCACCCCCAAAGAACUGUCCACCACCAAGUAUGCCUACUAUAACGGCUGCUCCUCCCCGACGGCGCCCCUCUCUCCCAUGUCCCCCCCAGGCUACAAGCUGGCCACGGGGGAGCGGGGAACCGGAUCCUGUCGUAACUAUAACAAACAGGCCAACGAGCAGAACUGGGCCAACUACUCCACAGAACAGAACAGGCUCGGCCAGAACGGCGCAGGAAGCACCAUUUCCAACUCCCACGCUCAAGCCUUUGACUUUCCAGACGACACCCACGAGCAUAAGAAACUGUCCUCGUCGGCAGGACACGAACUGCAGCCCCUGGCGCUGAUGGACGCCCGGCCGUGCAGUCGGGCCAGCAGCAGGAUGAGCAGCAGAGCCCGCCCCGAUGACCUGGACGUGUAAACGCCAGCCCCCCUGCCUCCAGUCAGGCCACACUUGAUGCAUAGGUUCAUUUUGAAAGAUGAGACUAACCUCAGUCACUGUCUUCAGCAUAGAGACAAUGAGACAUUAAACCUUCUCAUUUCAUACUGUCAGAGGUACCAGAUGCAAUGCUUCUUCUCUCUUCCUGUAACUUGUUACUGGUAUUGGCCAAACUUAGCAAACUAGAACAGCCAUAGGAAAACAAAGUUCUCAUGAAAAACCCAGUCAACCAGCAGAUCCUUGAGAUGGCCCAGCAGGAAGAUCUGGGGAGGACCUGGAGGAGAACAACCAGAGAUGGAGAACAUGGCCAAGCUGCUCGGACUCAGGAACCGGAGCAAAUCUUGGAAAACACCACCUGAUCUUUCUAACGUGCACUAAUAUGUGAAAACACUGUCCUUUGUGGACUCCCAUUGUCUCCUCGUGUGUGUUGUCAUGACGACAUACUUUGGAGAACAGACAGAUGAGUCAUGAGGCCGUCAUGUGACCAUCACAACAUGAUCUGACUAGAUAUAAAAUAAAAAAAGGUGUUUUCUGGACUUGGUGCUCUUUAGAAACAGUCACUGAUCGGUUCUACUGCAGACCACUUCACCGGACCUGGACCUGGUCUUGCUGGACCUUCAGCAGUAACUUCAUUUUACUUAAAGCAUUGUAGGCCAUCAGGGACCUUUUGUCCUUUCAGGUAAUUUUCCCUUAGUUUCUGGCCUCCAUCCUGGUUGUGUUUCCUCAUAUUGGAUGAUUUCUUUUGUUAGAAAGUGUUUCUCUAGAAGAACUUUGAAAUUCCAAUUGAAAUUUUUUCUUUAAAGUCAAUGUGACACAUUUCCUACC